CCGCAUUUAUUUAGUUAGCGUCAACUCACCAUGCACCACGCACAACAUGCACUUAUUUACACCUGCAUAUUUAGUUGUCUAUCAUCCGCGCAAAGACUCACACGCUUUCCGCCAUAUUUCAACUUUGGCGCCGCUACAUCCGCUUACCAAAUAGAAGGAGCGUGGAAUGUAAGCGGAAAAGGGGUGAGCAUAUGGGACACAGCGGUGCAUGACACCCCACAGAGGAUUGCCGAUGGUAGCAGUGGAGAUGACGCCGCGCAAUCCUACUACCGAUGGGAAGAAGAUAUCGCAAUCAUACGACAAAUGCGUCUCAAUUUCUACCGGUUUUCAUUAUCUUGGACACGACUCUUUCCUCAAGGGACUCUGAAUUCAUUAAACCCAGAUGGUGUGCGUUAUUAUGACCAAUUGAUCAAUGGUUUACUAGCAGCGGGUAUCGAACCAAUGGUGACUAUAUUCCACUGGGAUGUACCACAACGUUUGCAGGACAUGGGCGGCUGGACGAAUGACCUGAUCGUUGAUUAUUACACCGAGUAUGCUAAUCGUGUUUUUCAGCUGUUUGGAGAUAGAGUACGCUUGUGGGUAACAAUCAACGAGCCUGGACAAUACUGUCAAUUUGGGUACGAUAAUCUCAAUGCACCUUUUAUUAAUAGUAGUGCAUUGGGGACAUAUCAAUGUGGACAUAAUGUCCUGAGAGCACAUGGAAGAGCUUACCGUUUGUAUGAUAAUUAUUACCGAAGCUCACAAAAUGGUCGUCUUGGGAUUGUCUGUGACACUACCUGGUAUGAACCUUCGGAUAACAGCUCACAAUUUGAUCGUGAAGCUGCGGAUAGAGCCUUACAAUUCCUCUUCGGAUGGUUCAUCAACCCGAUUUAUUCCCCGGAAGGUGAUUACCCUGCAGCAAUGCGUGCGCGUGUUGAUUACGUCAGCCAACAGCAAGGUUUCCCUGAAUCUCGUCUGCCUAGCUUCACCCCUGAAGAGUUGCUGAUGAUUCGUGGCGCGUAUGAUUUUAUGGGUGUUAACCAUUACUCUACCUUCCUUGCUCGUCCCGAUAAUCAAGCAAUUGCUCGUUUUCCAAGUUUAAAUAAUGAUGUGGACAUCCAGCAGUUUGUUGAUCCCUCCUGGGAGCUCACAGAAGGUCAGACUUACUUUGCGGUGGUGCCUUGGGGUAUCCGAAGAUUACUCAACUGGAUAGCGGAUACUUACGGGCGAGAUAUUGAGAUAUUUAUCACGGAGAAUGGUUAUGAUGGCUUCCGGAAUGAAUCCUUGCAGGACUCACGACGUGUGAAUUAUUUAAAUUCUUACUUGAGGGAAGUUUUGAAUGCGAUUAAUGAUGGCGUUCGCGUUACUGCAUACACCUUCUGGGCGUUGAUGGAUAAUUUUGAAUGGGUGAAUGGUUAUAAUUCACGUUUUGGUCUGUAUCGGAUUGAUUACGACGAUCCAACUGGUAAUAGAACAAGGAUUCCGAAGAGAUCAGCCAUGGUUUAUCAGAAUAUCAUUGUUACACGUCAAAUUAACGAGAGUUUUGUGCCGGAUGAAUUUGCAUUCGACUCUGCUUAAUUUGACCUGCCUUUUGUUGAAAUAAAUUAAAUUAUUAUUCA